AUGGCAGGUGCUCUAAACUUGCCGAAAUGGCUUGAGGACAACUCUCACCUCUUACAGCCGCCCGUCAACAAUUAUUGCGUUUAUCACCCAUCGUCUCCCUCCACAAGUGGGUUGACUGUUAUGGUCGUUGGUGGGCCUAAUGCGAGGACUGAUUACCACAUCAAUACCACUCCAGAGUUCUUCUAUCAGCACAAAGGCUCCAUGCUGCUCAAGACCAUGGACACAUCAACAGAGCCUCAUACCCCGGUAGAUAUUCCCAUUCAUGAGAACUCGCUUUUCUUGCUCCCUGCAAAUACUCCGCACAAUCCAGUACGCUUCGCAAAUACCGUUGGUAUUGUUCUGGAACAACCAAGACCCGAGGAAUCUGUUGAUACCCUGAGGUGGUACUGCAAGAAAUGCAAGCAUAUUGUCCACGAGGCUAGUUUCCACCUGACCGAUCUGGGAACGCAGAUCAAAGAAGGCGUGCUGGCUUUCGAGAAUGACAUCGAGGCCAGAACGUGUAAAAUUUGCGGGACAGUCGCCACUUCUAAGCCAGCCGAGGGCGAGAUCCAGCAACCUCCGAGAUUUCCGGAAGAGUGA